AUGGUGAGGCGAGUGGGCUGGGCGGGGAGCAGAGGGCGGCUGGGGCCGUGGGGAGACCUGGGGCCUGGAUCAGUGCCUCUCCUCCCCAUGCCCCUGCCUCCUCUUCCUCCUCCUCCAUGUCGGGGGCCUGGCGGAGGGAGGAUUUCCAUCUUCUCUCUGUCCCCUGCCCCUCACACAAGAAGCUCCCCUUCCUCGGCUCCCCCUCUGGCCCUGGGACCCCCCUGCCCAGCGGUGCAGGCCCCAGGGGCCUCUCAGCCUCGCCACAGUGCCCUCCCCACCCCCACAACGCAGGCACAGCCCGCGAUGACCCCCACCUCUGCUCCCCCCUCUUGGGGCUGCCACUCCACCCCACCCCCAGCCUCAGUGACUCCCCCUGCCUCACACCGAUGCCCCCAGGACCCUCCUGGGCUGCGGAUAGGCCCUCUGAUCCCUGAGCAGGAUUAUGAGCGGCUGGAAGACUGUGACCCUGAGGGGUCCCAAGACUCACCCCUCCAUGGGGAGGAUCAGCAGCCCCUGCUCCAUGUGCCUGAAGGGCUCCGAGGCUCCUGGCACCACAUCCAGAACCUGGACAGCUUCUUCACCAAGAUCUAUAGCUACCACCAGAGGAAUGGCUUUGCCUGCAUCCUGCUGGAGGAUGUCUUCCAAUUGGGACAAUUUGUCUUCAUUGUCACCUUCACAACCUUCCUCCUUCGGUGCGUGGAUUAUAACAUCCUCUUCGCCAACCAACCAAACAACUGGACGAGACCUGCAUUGCUCCACAACAAAGUAACCUUGGCGGAUGCCAUCUUAUCGUCCUCCCAGUGUGCCCAGCGGAUCCACUCCAGCCCCCUGCUGGUCUUCCUGCUGAUCCUGGCUGCAGCCUUCUGGCUGUUACAGCUGCUUCGCUCAGUCUGCAACCUCUUCAGCUACUGGGACAUCCAGGUGUUUUACAGGGAGGCCCUGCACAUCCCCCCGGAGGAGCUCAGCUCGGUGCCCUGGGCCGAGGUGCAGUCCCGCCUGCUGGCGCUGCAGAAGAGCGGGGGGCUGUGCGUGCAGCCGCGGCCGCUGACCGAGCUCGACGUCCACCACCGCAUCCUGCGCUACACCAACUACAAGGUGGCGCUGGCCAACAAGGGCCUACUGCCGGCCCGCUGCGCGCUGCCCUGGGGAGGCAGUGCGGCCUUCCUCAGCCGCGGCCUGGCGCUCAACGUCGACCUGCUUCUCUUCCGCGGGCCCUUCUCCCUCUUCCGCGGGGGCUGGGAGCUGCCCGACGCCUACAAGCGCAGCGACCAGCGGGGCGCCCUGGCCGCGCGCUGGCGGCGCACGGUGCUGCUGCUGGCCGCCGUGAACCUGGCGCUGAGCCCGCUGGUGCUGGCCUGGCAGAUGCUGCACGCCUUCUACAGCCACGCGGAGCUGCUGCGGCGCGAGCCCGGGGCGCUGGGGGCGCGCCGCUGGUCCCGCCUGGCCCACCUGCAGCUGCGCCACUUCAACGAGCUGCCGCACGAGCUGCGUGCGCGCCUGGCCCGCGCCUACCGCCCAGCCGCCGCCUUCCUGCGCGCCGCCGCGCCCCCCGCGCCCCUGCUCGCGCUGCUGGCCCGCCAGCUCGUCUUCUUCGCCGGCGCGCUCUUCGCCGCGCUGCUCGUGCUCACCGUCUACGACGAGGACGUGCUGGCCGUGGAGCACGUGCUCACCGCCAUGACCGCGCUCGGGGUCACGGCCACCGUGGCCAGGUCUUUCAUUCCGGAAGAGCAGGGCCGGAGUCGUUCCCCGCAGUUCCUGCUGCAGGCGGCUUUGGCGCACAUGCACUACCUCCCAGAGGAGCCCGGUCCUGCGGGCAGGGCCAGCGCUUACCGGCAGAUGGCGCGGCUGUUGCAGUACCGAGCGGUCUCCCUCCUGGAGGAGCUCCUGUCCCCUCUCCUCACUCCGCUGUUUUUGCUCUUCUGGUUCUCCCCUCGUUCCCUGGAGAUCAUUGACUUUUUUCAUCACUUCACUGUGGAUGUGGCUGGAGUUGGGGACAUCUGUUCCUUCGCCCUUAUGGAUGUGAAGCGCCACGGCCACCCUCAGUGGCUCUCGGCAGGACAGACAGAGGCCUCACUGUCUCAGCGUGCGGAGGAUGGAAAGACUGAGCUCUCCUUGAUGAGGUUCUCCCUGGUGCAUCCACAAUGGCGCCCCCCAGGGCACAGCUCCAAAUUCCUGGGACACCUUCGGGGCAGGGUACAACAAGAUGCAGCAGCCUGGGGCGCCACCUCUGUUCGCAGCCCCCCCACGCCUGGGGUGCUCAGUGAUUCUUCCUCACCUCUGCCGGAGGCCUUCCUGGCCAACCUCUUGGUGCAGCCCCUCCUGCCCCCACGGGACCUGAGCCCCACGGCCCCCUGCCCAGCUGCAGCCACAGCCAGCCUCCUGGCCUCCAUUUCCCGCCUUGCCCAGGACCCGAGCUGUGUGUCCCCAGGAGGCACUGGGGGCCAGAAGCUGGCCCAGCUUCCAGAGCUUGCUUCUGCUGAGAUGAGUCUUCAUGCCAUCUACCUGCACCAGCUCCAUCAACAGCAGCAGCAGGAACUGUGGGGCGAGGCUUCAGCCUCUUCCCUGUCCAGGCCCUGGUCCAGCCCCUCCCAGACACUCUCGCCUGAUGAGGAGAAGCCAUCCUGGUCAAGUGAUGGCUCCAGUCCUGCCUCCAGCCCCAGACAGCAGUGGAGAACCCAGAGGACCCAGAAUCUGCUCCCUGGAAGGUUUCAGGAGACCACAGACACCCAGAAGGAGCCUAGUCAGGCCCCUGGCACUGACUGAGAGGGCUCCUCAGGGUUCCCUGGCUUCUCCAGCUAUAGGAGAUCAGACAAGGUGGAGUGGAAGGACGUGACACUGAGCCCUCUUUAGAGACCCACCCCCGCAGACUGUAGGCCUAAGGACGCUUUAGUUGGGCAGGAGUUGGGGGAGGUUAGUGAUGAGCUCACCCAGAGAGCAGAGAAAGGGUAGGAGAGGAGAUGCCAAAAGAUCUGGAAACAAGUCUCAGAGAUGAUCCCCACCUGGAGGGGCUAAGGGGACACCACCCCAACUAGCUGUCUCAGCAAUUGCCUGGGAAGCAAUCCCCAGGGAUCCUCAGGGUGGAGGACAGGGCCAAGGCGGAGGCCUAGCUAAAUCUUAGGGAAACAGUUAGGGAUGGGCAUAGAGUGUAAGGAAAUACUCGGUAGGAGCUUGAAGAGGGCCCUUCGAGCUGGCCUGGCCUUCAGGGUCCCACGGGAUUCGUGGAGGGAGGGCCAUGGGGACUUGUGAGUGGGAAGACUACGGAGGGCUGAUGUUUUUGGAGUUCAACACUGGUGUGAUGUCGGAGAAAGUGGGUGUGGCUCCUCAUCCUGUCUGAAACCAGCAGUAAAGGUUGCUCAUGGCUGUGUUGCA